UGACACAAAAAAAGAUUAGUUCAUUUUAAUGAACGAGAUUUGAAUGAACGAGUCUGUCAAAAGAGUCGAACUUGCCAUCACUACUACACCUACACUUGCGCACUGACGGAUUUAUUUGCGCACUUUUAAAAACAUUUAUUGGAAGUUUAAUUCUUUUUACAUGUUUAUUUACAGCAUUAAACAUUGAAACGUAUUGUAAUAGGCUGUAUUCUAACGUAUUGGGAGAAAACUGGUAGUUCCAUGUAAAAUCAGAUGUUGAGCACCCCAAUAUCGCCAAAAUGGCAUGAUCCUAGUUUCGCUGCAAAGCUGAGAUUCACACUUGAAUCAGGCUCCGCCAAUCGAAGCAUCGACUCCUGGACUAUUGGGGGUCAGCCCUAAAACUGACUUUAAGUAAAUUUUCCUGAUAAUACUUUUGCCUGUAUUUUUAGGAGGUAAGCAUUAGCUAGUUAUACAGAGUUCUCUAACAACACAUUCUGUAACUUGACCUGCAUAACACGACAUAAUACUAUCUGGAAAUCUACCAUGUACAGUCAAUUUAUGGCGUGUUUACUGACUUGUGAUAAAGAACAGAAGAGACACACACGUUGAGCUGGUCUUAACUUCAUGGCAGGAAGAUUUAUUUUGCCGCCAUGCGUACCUGAGAUCCUAUACUACCCAAGUGUGGCAAGGCUGUCAAAUAACCAAAUUUCGUCACUACGUUCUUCUUCUUCUUGUAGAAUCCCGGUAGUGUAGAUGCUCAUCGUGUGUUGAAUAGAUAUAAAGUAGAAGCAGCAGUAGUGUUAGAAGAAUAAGUAGUAGUUGUUGUAGUUUAGUUGUCUGGUUUAUUAGAGACAAGUGAAAUUUGGAUAAAUGGAGGACCACACCUGUUAUUUAGCACUUUACACACUGAACCUUUAAUCGGUUGUGACCUCCCCCCAGUCAACUCACGGUGGAUUAAGCACACCUUUAACUGGGCAGCUAAAAUAACCAAGGAACUCUCUCUCACCACUUCCAGCUUCUCCUGUGUGGAAGGUGCUACAGGUAUCAACCAAAACCACUCGCCAAAAAAAACGCUUCUUUCCUUCAGCAGUCAGAAGAACACUCAACAACCCCAUGAGACCCCAUUCUGAUCUGAAUGCACUGAAAGCUCUGGACUGAACUCAGGCUGGACUUGUUUGCACUGGUACAUCACUGUACCAUAUCACAUAUAUUCACUGUAUAUUCUCACAUUCAAGUGUCUUCUGGGUUUUUUUUUUUUUUUUUGAACAAAUGGUUUUUGCAAGUUUUCUUUUCAUUACAGUAAAAGAAGACAUGGAAGCAAAAUACACCAAUGUCUCUGUACUGUCCUGGCUAAGGUGUGGUAACUCCAACUAUUUCAAAAUUGACCACUAUAUGAAAAAAGUGUCCUGCCUUAAACAGUAAAUUUGUAACUUUGAUGGAAGGCUUCUCAUCUAAUAACUCUCUAUUCUAUUAGUUUGUUGUGUGCUGAUAGAUGUUUAGGAGAUAUAACCCUGGUGACAGCUGUUCCUGAUGAAGUUCAGACAUUAUUUAGAAUUGGAAUUUAAACAUUUGCUAAUCAAAGGUAAAGCAAAUAACAGUGUACUGUUCCUCUGGUCAGUUAGUUUAGUUUUUGCAUGUAGCUACUUGUUAUGCUGUGUCAGUUUAUCUGCAUUUCCCUGGUGUUUCUGUGUGUUCUCUGUGUGUGUCUUUGUGUGAGUAGUCUCUCUGUCUCUCUCGCUCUCUUUGGGCAUUUUAAGAAAGUACCUCCACCCCUGAGUGAGCACCGAUGCUGGUUUGUUGAAGAUGUGUAACACCUUUGCUGCACGAUGGAGGAGUUUUCUUAAUUUACGCUAGGGAGAGUCAAGUUCAUCCAGAAGUUGGCCGCUGUUGGCAGCUCGAUUUGGCUGUGAGUUGACUCCGUGACGGAGUGGAAGUGGAGAGGGUCUAGUUUCAAAAAGGCCCUUGGUCACACUUCCUAAUUUCUCGAGUUAACAGUCGCCAUACUGCAGGCAACAACAGCACAACAUCAAAUUGGCGAGUUACCAGUUGUCCUACUGCAGGAUGCUGCAUUCAAAGACAGAGUCCAGUGAUGGAGUGUCCUUCAGGACCUGCAGUGUUUUACUGUUUAUCAUUCUUCUAAUAGAGUCUGUUGGAGCUCAGUCAGAGUUGAUUUGUUCACAUCAACCAAUCGUAGCACUGGCUGGUGAUGAUGUCAUUUUGUCAUGUCACCUUGAACCUGCAGUCAGCGCCAGUUCUGAGAUAGUGGUGUGGGCCAAACCUGGUUUGGAGCCAGAGUACAUCCAUAUUCGCCAAGAUGGGCGACUGAUGGAUGAACAUCAAAACCCGUCUUAUCGUUUCCGAACAGCUCUGUUUGUGGAUGAACUGAUUAAAGGAAACGUCUUCCUGAAAAUCUUCAGUGUGAAAAUCUCUGAUGCAGGAAAAUACUUUUGUUUCCUUCAAUCAAUGCAGAAGGAAGCUUCCAUCCAGCUCACUGUUGGUGCUGUCUCCUCGCCCAUCAUACAGGUUGUCUCAGAUAACAGUGACAGUGUGGUGUUUCAGUGUGAGUCUGCAGGCUGGUAUCCAGAGCCUGAGGUGUUCUGGCUGGACAGUGAGGGAAACCUCCUCUCUGCUGGACCUACAGAGACAGUCAGAGGUCCUGAUGACCUCUAUACUGUCAGCAGCAGAGUGACUGUGGAGAAGAGACACAGCAACAGCUUCACCUGUAGAGUCCAACAGAAGGACGUCAACCAGACCAGAGAGACUCACAUCCAGGUUACAGCUGGUUUCUUCAGGGAUCUGUCCUCUUCUGAUUGGAUUUUGAUCAUCACCAUUCUUCUUUGCAUUGCUGCCUCGGUGUUCAUAGUAGUAAUAUAUUAUCCAUUGAAAACUGGGAACCAGGAAACUGAAAAAGAUAUUGUCACGAACAAUGAAAAUAAGACUAAUGAAGACGGCGUGGAGUUAACGGAAUUGAUUGGACAAAAGGAAAUGGAGAACCUGGGAGCAGCUGGGGAAUAAAGAGAAAGUGCAGACCAACAGAGAAAGGGAAAGAGAGACGAAGAACAAACAAAUAAGCUAUGAAAGAGGGAGGAACGUGAUAUCAUUACAGAAAAGAAGGGACAAUAACAAAGUGAGGAAAAUGUAAAGUGUGAAAUGGAGAACAGGAGCUGAAGAGGACACUUCAGUCAAUGAAGACGAUGGACAGAAAUAAAAUGCCCUCAUGAUACAGCAGGAAGAACUGUGGAGAUGAACCUGAACUUCAGGAAGAGCAACACAGAGACAGCUGACAGUUUAUAACACAAUGCACGCUGCAAAGCAGUUUUUCAUACAAUGUGACUUUAAAACAAACUAACAGAGAUUAUUAAAUCUGUUUUAAGGAUAAAAAACAAGCAGAGGAACACGUCACCAGCGCAGCAAUGUGACUCGAUGACAAUGAAGCUCUGCGGCACAGAGGAAGAAGAAUUAUUUAUUAUUGUAAUACUUAUCUCAUCUGGUAGUUACUGAUUGCAUGUGAAUACAAAUCCGAGGUACUUGUACUUUACUUGAGCAUUUCCAUUUUAUACAGCUUACUUUACUACUUACUUUUUACUCCGCUAAAUUUGUCUGACAGCUUUAAUUACUUUUCAGAUUACAUUUUCAUCCCCUUCCUGUCCAGUGAAAACUAAGUAUGAAUGUGAAUGUUUGAUAAACUGAAGCUGAAACCGACUUUAAGUAAAUUUUCCUGAUAAUAAUUAUAUCUGUAUUUUUACUUAAAUAAGAAUUUUAAUUACUUUUACUUUUCACACUGUGGUUAAAGUACUUUUACUUAACUAUGUAAAUGUAAAUAAAUACCGUUGUUCAAUAAGCCUGUUUAUUUGGGAAUCAUUAUUUAUAGAUAUGGAUUAUAGAGAUCAUUUAAACCUGAAUGGAUCAGGUGGGUCAGAGAGAUUUUCUGGGUGAGUUCAGCACCAUGGACAGAGACAGCGGACGACCACCUGUCUGUCCAUCACCUGCUGUUUCUU